AUGACAGGAUGGACGAGUGUAAGCAUAUCUGCUGAUUCCCUUGGGUAUAUAGCUGAUGGAUUUGCAGUCCUCAAGGAACUGCAAGCGCUACCUCAAGAUUUGAGUGUGUUCUCUCCUCCUUUAAUUCCACCUGAAAACUUUGAUCUGUUCAACGAUAAUCUGCUUGGCAUUCUGAAAGCUCAAGGAUCUGCUCUCGCUAGACACACAGUCCUUCAAGCGGCGGUAUUAUUGCCCCCUCAAGCUGUGUGGUCGGCGGUAGCGUUGAAAUGGACACAAGAAGACCACGCUGUGGGAAGGGACGGAAUUGUAAAGUACUGCAUCAAGGCAUUGUCAGAUGGGACUUUUGACGCGGAUGAGUGGUUGAGACUGCUGGCCGACGAGUACACACAAGACACACUCAAGGAGAUUUUGAUGCUAUGGAGUGAAAACAACUUUGAGGUGACGUACGCGUCUCCUAUUUUACGAAUACCGAUCGCUGUACUAUUGAUCGAAUCACUCUUGGAAUCGCCCUAUGAUCCAUCAGCCGCCCCUGCAUCUUCGACCGUUAUGGCGAGAAUAGCCAGCUCGUCAUUUGUAGAUAUCCUACUUUGCAGUCUUGCUUUAGACACCGGCAACCGCCUCUUCAGUAUCAAUCUUCGACUCCUGCUCGCUUUCCUUCCCUAUGCGCCUCUUGCUCUCACCCCCAAAGUGCCUAUGAUGGCGAUCGUUCUUGGACGAGCUAUAUCGUGGCGAGAUCGACCGUUUGUCGAUGCCGAUUCGGCUGGCAGAGAUGGUUUCACCCGUACGCCUGAGCCAGCGCUGGAUUGGUCCGUUGCGACAAGUUCCAUGGAGCUCAAAGUGGAGAUGCCGGAGAAUCUGCAACCACGGCGAAUCGCCCAGUUGUAUAUUGUCGCUUUUUACGGUGCUUGGCCAUCAAACGUCAUUGCAUUCGUGCGAGACCCAGUGUCUUAUAUACGCGGGAAAAAUGUGCUGCCUAUCUACGCCGUGGACUGGGACAACGUCUGGCAGCCGGGAGUUUUGGCCACCAGGAUGGAGCCAUUAAUCCGAGACUUUCGUUUACACCCUUCGUUGGUCGUGUUCACUUCGACAGCGGAGCUGGCGGAUGAUAAACGAUGGGAGAAGGUUGACGCUGCCGAGUUCAUUGCUCGUUCGCAAGCGUUGGCCAAUCCCGAUCAACAGGGGUCACCUCGAGUCAGUCUCCUUGAUGAGGAUGAUCACGCUGUUAUCAAUGGUGACUCUUCUGGAGACCUGCUGGAGAAGGAAAACGAAUUGCUACGGCUGGAGGCCAAGUUCACCAACCGAGUGCGGAAACAGACAUCACUGCGAUUGAACAACGACGAGGCCGAGAUUCAUAGUUUCGCGAACCAGAUUGCGGACCUUUCCGCUCAACUGUCACAAGCCCGUACAGAAGGGACGCAGAAUCAAUCAAAACACAUGAUCUGGCAAACACAACUGCGGAACAAGGUCGCCAUGUUUAGAGAGGAAAAAGCCAGCUGGCAAUCGGAAGCUGCUCGUAUCCGCGCCGAGCUCAGUGAAGCGCACGCAACCGCAAAAGCCCAACGUGAAGAGCUGGCAGAGGUUAAGAAUGAGUGA